CGUGGAGCCAAGAUCAAGGUCUAAUUCAAGUUCACAAUUCAAUCAUGUCACAACUUCUCUUGGAGGUCCUAAGAGACGACUUACCGGCAGAUCUCGAUGUGACCACCGACGAGUCGCUUGGCCGAAUUGCCCAGGAGUAUCUCUCCACCUUGUUGACCAACGACGAUUUGUUUUCUUUGGAUAACCAUGUCAGUGGGCCUCCGGUCGACAUAAAGACCCUACCAAACAGACAAGAUUCCACUAAACCCACUAUUUUGGAGGAGAUCGCCGAGUUGGAUCUUCAGGAACAUACCAUCAACAGUCAAUUGGCUGCACUCACAUACAAACAUAAGGAUUUGAUCAUUGACGUUGGUCAUGAGGUCGACAUGAUUGGUGGUGAAGGGGUCUUACAAUUGAUGAAGGAGGUAGACCAGCUAGCCAGUGCCACCCAACAGUUGUCCGAACUUGGCUCUCGAGAACAGGCGCCUUCCUCUUCAACCAUAACAGCUGAAUCUUCCUUGGAAAGCAGCACUACCACCACUACCACCACCACCAACUCCACCACUCUGGUGGCUGUACCCGCCAAAUUAUACACCCAAAUCGAAUCCAAUCGGUCAAUCCUAGCCAACAUCGACUCUGUCUUGGACAUGUUGGAAAUCCCAACCCUUUGUAAGCUUUGUAUCUUGCAGGGGAACUAUCAGGAGUCGCUUGAGAUCCUGACCAUGGUACAGUCCUUAUUGAUCAGAUUCCCCUCGAUAAAUAUCUUCAAAACCGUCAACCGGCAGGUCGAGCAGGAGCUCCAGAUGAUGGUCAAAGGGUUGGUACGGCUUCUAGGCGGUAAUUUGAAACAGGGGAACAUCUUGAAGGUGUUCCAGAUCUUAAUCAAGGUUGGUGGCGUAGGUUCCCCCGCGCUAGACGAAUCCACAGUAGAACCUUCAACCACAUCCCUAUCUGUUCUCAAACUGAUCUAUCUCAACUCAAGAUUCCAUUUCAUCUCCUCUUCGCUUGACACCCUCAAGCCUCUCAUCAAAUUCAAUCGUCUCACAUACCUCAAACGAUUCAUAGAAACGUACAGAGAGCACAUAUUCAACACACUCUCGGUGUACCAUUCCAUUUUCGAUCCAUUGACAGACUCCAACGACCCGUUGAACGAAAGGUCGUCCGACAGCCUUGUGAUUGCCCAGUUCAUCAAGAGUCUUGUGGCACUUCUCACGGACGCGCUCCUCGAGCACUAUCCUCGUCUUGGCGACGCCGAGGAUGCUUCCGAUCCAACGGUGGAAAUAUCCCGUCAAGCGCAUCAAGACGGGGUUGUGUUACAAAUCCUCUACCUUUGUAAGUCGUUGGCCAAGUACCAUGUUGACUUCGAAACCGCAGUGGUAUGGGCAGUCUGUUACGACAAGGAAUUGAUUUCUGAGGCAGAUUGGAUGAGAAAUUUGAAGAAAGUGAAGCGGUUCCGCUAGACUGGAACUACAAGUCUUACAGUGCAAGGCACCUGGACUUUCAUUUGAUUAGCAUUAAGAUUAAAAUAUAAUACAUACAACGAACGAGCAACGCCCCGCAGGGUAGGAAAAAGUAUCACCCUCCGGGGGUGUAAGCCGCUCCGCUGGCACUCCGUGGGCCACUAGCCGUGGGGGCUCCUGUUCCUCUAGCGAGGAAAGGGUCUGACUGUCAGUAGCCUCCUCGUAGAGGAGCUGGGCACCACGCAGUGGCACUCCCCGAGUAGGGGCCAGCGGAGCGUUCCACUACCCCCGGAGGGUAGGCUCGCGAGCAGCCCCGCAGGUACUACAUGUGCCCUCUUCUUUCAAGUUGAAUCCCUGAGAUUUGGCCCAUCCUCAACUAAAUAGAAUACAACACAUACACUCUCAGGCUCUGUAAUCAC